AUGGCCCUAGAUUUCAUUGGAAAAUACAACAAUUGGGACAGUGUAGAUCCAGUGGAAUUGUUCUCUGCACCUACCGAAAAGAAAGAAGCCACUCCUAAACUUAGAAUGCCUGGUUUUCUUGCUCAGGAAGCUAAAGGUUCAGAUUAUUUAGUGCUUUGGCUCGAUUGUGAUAAGGAAGGGGAGAAUAUAUGCUUUGAAGUGAUUCAUGCUGUACAAAAUAGUAUGAAGUACCAAGGUAAUCCCGAUUAUAUUUAUAGAGCAAAGUUUUCUGCUAUUACUGAAAAAGAAAUUAAAGGAGCAAUGGCAAAUUUAGUUAGACCAAAUGAAAAUGAAGCUCGUUCAGUAGAUGCUCGACAAGAAUUAGAUCUUAGGAUUGGUUGUGCAUUUACUCGUUACCAAACAAAAUUUUUUCAAGGCAAAUAUGGAGAUCUUGAUGCUAGUCUCAUAUCAUAUGGACCUUGCCAAACCCCUACAUUAGGUUUUUGUGUCAAACGACAUGAUGAAAUUCAAACAUUUAAACCAGAACCAUACUGGUUAAUAGAAGCAAAAUUAGCUCUUACGGAUGGCCGAAAAAUCACUCUCGAUUGGGACAGAGUAAGAUGCUUUGAGAAAGAUGUUGCAUCAAUGUUCCUUAAUUCAAUCAAAGGAACAGAGAUGGCUCAAGUUGUAAAUGUAGAAAAUAAAGAAAAGACCAAAGCUAGACCUUUAGCUCUUAAUACUGUUGAAUUAAUGAGAGUCGGGAGUUCUUUAUUAGGCAUGUCACCUCAAAAUGUAAUGCAGAUUGCUGAAAAGUUAUAUACUCAAGGCUAUAUAAGUUAUCCUAGAACCGAAACCACUCACUAUCCUGCAAGUUUUGAUCUAACUGGGACAUUAAAAAUCCUCCAAAACAGUAACGAUAUAGGAGCUGAAGUAAAAGCAAUUUUAAGAGAUGGUUUAUCAACUCCAAGAAAAGGUCAUGAUGCUGGUGACCAUCCACCGAUCACCCCUAUGAAGUUAGCUGGAGAACUUGAUAAAGAAUCAUGGAGAGUAUACGAUUAUAUUUGUCGUCAUUUUGCAUCUACGCUUGCCCGAGAUUGUAAAUAUAUUUUAAAUGUUGUAAAAUUUAUGAUCGGUUCUGAACCAUUCACCCUUACAGGAAAAACUCUUACUUCUCCCGGUUAUACUUCCAUUUUACAUUGGCAGUCCUUACCAAAAAAUGAAGUGAUGCCAACAUUUCAAAUCGAUGAAGAAAUUCCAGUUCAAGAAAUGAAAUUAAUUGAACGUCAGACUGGACCUCCUGAUUAUUUAACUGAAGCAGAAUUAAUUACACUUAUGGAAAAACAUGGGAUUGGUACAGAUGCAUCUAUUCCUGUUCAUAUUAAUAAUAUAUGCCAAAGAAACUAUGUUAAAGUUGGUUCAGGAAGAAAACUAAUACCGACAGCGCUUGGAAUAGUUUUAGUACAUGGUUACCAAAAAAUUGAUAUAGAUUUGGUCCUACCAACAAUGAGAUCUGCUGUGGAAAAACAGUUGAAUCUCAUAGCUCAGGGAUUAGCAGAUUUCCAUUCUGUUUUAAGCCAUACGGUUGAAAUUUUUAAACAAAAGUUCCUGUAUUUUGUUACAAAUAUUGAAGGAAUGGAUCAACUUUUCGAGGUUACUUUUUCAUCUUUGGCAGAUUCAGGAAAGCCUCAGUCACGCUGUGGUAAAUGUCGCAGGUAUUUAAAAUAUAUACAAACAAAGCCAUCUAGACUCCAUUGUUCUCACUGCGAUGAGACUUAUUCAGUUCCUCAGAAUGGAAAUAUAAGGAUAUAUAAAGAAUUAAGGUGUCCUCUUGAUGACUUCGAACUUUUGUGGUGGUCUAAUGGUUCGAAAAGUUUCCCAUUCUGCCCGUAUUGUUAUAACUCUCCUCCAUUUAAGGACAUGAAAAAAGGGUCUGGCUGUGAUUUGUGUACCCACCCUACUUGUCCUCAGUCACUUAUUGCUAAUGGCUUGUCUGUCUGUCUUGAGUGUGAAGGCAUCCUUGUGCUUGAUCCUGGCUCAGGACCAAAGUGGAAGAUAUGCUGUAAUAAGUGCGAUGUGAUUGUACAUUUAUUCGAUGAUGCUCAAAAGGUUUCAGUCGAAGACAGGAAAUGCGAAUGUGGUGCUCAAAUUCUCAAAGUUGAAUAUAAAGAAGAAAAAACCAAACUUCCAGAUGGCCUGACUGAAAUGUCAGGAUGCGUAUUUUGUUCGAUGGAAUUCGCACCUCUUGUUAGAUCUCAUCGUGCUUCCAUCCGUACCAAGUCGGGCAGGUCAUAUAGAGGCCGUGGAGGUUCAAAACACAAACAAAGAAAACCAAAAGAUAAGAUGGCUCAGUUAGCAGCAUAUUUUGUUUAA